CAUCGGCAACGUCGCAAUUCGGUUGUCGUCACGAACACAGAAAGAAACAGCUGUGUCGUUGAGCUGAGCGCAAUGCCAGUGUAUGGUGUAUGUAAACUUGCCCCGGUCACCCAGCUAUUAGGUCGCCAUAGUUUUUCGCCCGUCUUCUUGUUACUAUCUGACGGCUUGUGUGACGUGUCAAACGAUCGGAAAGGGCGCUCGUGAAUCGGACUUUCGUUGGAGAGCAAGGGUUUUUGUGUUGUCUUGUGUUAUGCUGAGUGACAAGUAAUUCAGUGCAUGUGGGAUGGACGGGACAAAUACAAUUUGGCUUUAAAGGCUGGAAGUGCUGCCUGCUUUGUGUUUUAUUUAAACAAUUAAUGAAUCUCAAGGUACAGUGUCGUGAAGAUAUGACAUAACUGGUGGUUCCAAGAUGUACAUCCGUUAGCAUCCCACCUUCCCAUCCAUCAGAGUUUUCCUUCAAUCUAUCGUACUGUUACCAUGUUUACCCGGCACCAUGGUAACCGUAGCAGUACCAGCGUCGAAGUACACUCGCCACUGUCACAUAGGUAGUAACACCUGUCACGAUCCACAGAAGUAUAACUUGCCACGUCCACCGUCUAAUGCUGGUGAAACCUUAAAUUUACAAUGGUUCUCUGAAAGAAGUUGCCCCUUUUACCAAUUCAAGCAAUCAAUUCCUAGCGAGGCUCCACGAUAUUCGAAGUUGCUGACAUCUGCCAGCACGCCUUUGUUGGAAAGUGACUGCAUCUCCUCGAACACCAUAAAUUACUGUCACCAAAGUUUGCUACGCUUUUAUGCCAAAAAUGCACCUAUUGCAGAGGAUGACAUCUUAAACCAUGAAUUGCCUUCCUUCCGUUUCCAAGAUUUAGAAAGUGAUAUUACAAUUCUAGAUCUGUCUCUCCAAUCAUGCACGUCAUUUCUAAGUAGUAAAAACCUUGAAAUACAAUGUCAAAAUUGUUUAGAUGAUCACAUACUAUAUCUGCACGCGCCAAACGGGCAUCACACACGGUCUUCCGGUAAUUUGCAAAAACUAAACGCUUCUCUAUCUAACGAUCUGUCAAACUGUAGUCAAUUGAUCUCCAUAGCAUAUCCAGAAACCACAUUAGCCAAACAUAGGUUUGAUAGAAAUAUAUGUACUCGCCACUUCCAAGAAGAUGAUAAGGACUUCCAUUUUUCAGAAGGCCUGGACAAAUGUUAUAUAACCUUGCGCAGUAUUAGAGCUUGGUACAAAUUAAAUGAAUACAAAGUUUCUCAAAUCCAACGAAAGCCUAUGAAUUCUGAUUAUUGCUACUUCAAACAUCAAAAUAAGGAUGGCUUCCAUACUAAAACCCUUCAAUCCCCAAAUAGUAUAGACAAACAACUGGUAUUGGUAAAUAUUUAUAAUAAAGAUAUAUCCUAUUCUUGGAGAAGUUCGAUUAGAUUUAUAUUAUCUUUGAUCUUCUAUUUCACAAAUAUAUUCAAUCAAUUCAAAACUGCAUCCUGCUCUCACAAAUCAUCAUAUCAAAAUAUCUAUUUAAAUUUGUCACAAACUUAUACAAGCAAGUCCGUUUCACGUGUCCAAAUCUUGUUAAUGCUCCUAUUGGUCCUCUUGAUUCCUACAUCCGCCCACAUAAGACACGAGCUGGGAGGGGCCGCUCCCAGAGGGUGUUGGUUUGUCAACAAGACUGCAAGUCAUCUAGCGUGUCAGAACCGAACUACUGCGAGACUGGUGUUACCGCCGAGUGUCAGUAGGAUAGAAUUAAUCAGAGUGACGGCAGACACUACUGCACCUUUGGACGCCCUAUCUGUCAACCGUCUACGAUGGAUCUACAGUAAUAUCAGUAACCUUUCUGGAUCCUUGACCAGUCCCAUCAACCUUCUUGACCUUGACAUCUCGUUCAACAACCUGACCAAACUUAAGGACUACCAGUUCGAAAAUUAUACGCAACUGCUCCGACUGAAUAUAUCCAACAAUCAAAUCAACGAUAUCCCUAGGGACGCAUUCAAGAACAUGCACGAAUACCUUGAAGUCCUAUGUCUAGCUCAUAAUCAUAUGAAAGCUAUACCUUUUCAGGUAUUUUCCCACGUAUCAAGCAUUCGGCACUUGGAUCUAUCCCACAACCUGCUAGUAACGUUCUUGGAUCACUUUUUCAAAUUCAACAGAUACAUCGAAGUUCUUCAACUAAAUAACAACAAUAUCACCAAGAUCACUUCAAAUGCAUUGGUCGAUCUUGUAGAACUCAAGGGAUUAGACUUAUCCCAGAACUCUUUGCAAAGUAUCGCUAAGGGACUUUUCGAUUCGUUACUAAAUCUUCAGUACUUAAAUCUAGCCAAUAACCCUCUUACAAAUAUGGCCAGUGGCACAUUCAGAGGGCUUCUGAAUCUCAGAGAAUUGGAUCUGAGCGGGAAUAAAUUGACGCAGCUUUCCUUUGGGUUAAUGCAUUUCAGUCCACUGCUAAAAUCACUUACUUUGGACAAUACUCAGAUAGAAACUAUCCAUAAUAGUGAGCUCCUGGGUGUUCCAAGGUUAGAAAUAUUGAAUAUCAGGAAGAACAAGAAACUGAAAGAGAUAGAAAACUAUGUACUAUCAGACACUCCAAUACUUAAAACACUAGACAUCAGCGGGAAUGAGUUGAUGUUUCUACCACGAUCCAUCGAGAAUCUGACGAUGCUUAGAGAGCUAGAUAUCAGUAGCAAUCCUUGGGCAUGCGACUGCAGAAUGUACUGGUUCGCCAGUUGGGCACGUAGUAAAAAUGCGACUUUGAAACUGUCAGAUCUCACGUGUGGUCCAUACGCUUAUCCCGACGACAUGUUACCUACAUUACAACAUCUGAGUUGCACAAGUCCUAGAAUCAUAUACAAAACACCAACAAAACUCUAUAGACUCAAAACAGACGCUCUUCUAGAGUGCAGAUAUUCAGCUAAUCCACAUCCUUCAAUAACGUGGAUCACCCCAAGAAGGGAAAUCUAUCAUUGGAACCCAGAUCCGAGCAUUCCUGACGUGUUCAAUAAGCACCCUCACGCUCAUGACCAAAAUAUGACACCUUUAAGAGUCAUCCCUCCAAGAAUUCAAGUGUUGGACAACGGAACACUAUGGGUGAAGAACGUGACACGUGCAGACUGCGGCAGAUACACGUGCUACGCCAGCAAUCCCAUUGCAAACACCACGGAAGAUGUAUUUUUACACAUUGAUCCAGUCGACUGGAACAACAUUCGAAUCAUCAGCUUGAUAGUGGGAACUCAGAGUGCGGCAGGGUUCCUUGGGCUGACCCUGUUGGUGCAACUUUUUAGGUACCUUCUCGAUAAAUUUGGCAUUCUGAACAACUUCUGCAGUUUCUGUAAACGAGACAAAGUAUCACCAAGGGCCAGACAGAUAUUUCAAAUGUUGGACAACAUCGAACAAUACAAGAGCCAACAGUUGGAGAAAUUACGUGAAAACUAUACGCAACAGGUCCACAGGAUACGUGAUAAUUGCACCCAACAGAUGGAGUGGAUUCAAAGCAGCUACCAAUCUCAGGCUAAACAUUUGAAGGAAUUUCGGGACAUCGGACAAGCUCAUUUGUCUACCCUUCGAGGUCAAUACUGUGAUCAGGUGAAGAAGGUCCGAGACUACUCCACCGGUCAGAUGAACUGGGUACGUGAAAACUACGUGUUCCAGCGCAAUAAGAUCCGAAAAUUCAGUGCUCAUAAGGUACUGCAACUGCGCGAAACCUACAAGUACCAACAGCAGACUUUGAAUAAGGUUCUCGAGAACUUGCCUAGCCUGUAUUUCGAAAACUGUCGCACGGGAACAUGUGGCAAAGCUGAAUCUCUCGUUUUUGAACAAGACUUCGAAGAUGUCGACUGUUACAUCAAAGCCAAGAUGGAAAAAUGAUAGAACUCAAUGCUAGUGCAACUGACGUAACCCAGAGCAGGCUUUCUCUCUACUACACCCCAUCAGAAAGGUCCGAAGGGAUGGGAGAUAGGGAGCCUCUAGGAGGGAUUCAUGUCAACUACAUCGAAGCUACUAGACCACCUCUUAGGAUGCUUGCCGAUAUCCCUUCAACAUCAAAGCAGAUCUUUGGUUUGAGCUUUGCAGAGAGUGUCAUAUCCUCGGUGCACAGUAAUGAUGAUCUUUUAGAAGUUAUUUCUGAGGAAUCUAAAAAAAUGGAGGGACCGGCUAGCAGUAGAAGUAUGCAGAAACUUCCUUCGAUGUCAUCUUCUGACGACGAUCAUCUACAGACUCCUACGGAUUUGGUGAAUCAUGAAACAUCCCUGUAAUAGUAUACGUAUCUUUUAGGAGUUUUUAGAAUUGUGUAACUGAUGGUGAUACCAAAGGUGAACCUGCAACUCAUCUCGAUUUUUCUGUAGUAAUAAAUACCUUCCUAAAUGUUCAUAAGCACUUGCUAUAUCCCGAAUAUUUUCCCUAUAAUACCUUGCAAAGCUUAUUUUAGUAUUCUAGUAAAUACGGCUUUCAUCUGAAGUCAUAUUCAAAAUAAGUUACUUGACACUGAUCAGUCAGUAUUGUGGAUGAGAGUUUUAAAAAACAGGACUCUACCACAUGAACGAUGUGAUAGUGAAUAUACUAUAAUCAAUGCAAGAUUUAAAUUUUUCAGGUAUUCCGCAGCGAUCAUCGUUAAGACCACUUCUUUUCAUUAUACUUAUCAACGACAUUUCUGACGUGAUUGAUUGCAACUUUCUGUUGUUAUAUGCCGAUAAUCUGAAAAUGUAUAGUCCAGUUAACAAGAGCACCGAUUGCGAACGUCUCCAAAAUAAUCUCAACCGGAUAAUAAUUUGGUGGGAAAAUAAUACCCAUCAAUGCAUCCAAGUGUACCAGCAUGACGUUUUCUAGACGAUAACGCCCAAUAGAAUAUCAUUAUAAGGUUAAUCAAACAACUCUACCGAAUGUAGGAGAAUUCAAGGAUCUUCGAGUCAUCUUUGACAGAAGCUUCAGUUUCAAUCCGCGUAUAAAUAAUCUUCUAAAUUCUGUAAGUCUGGGUUUAUUGCGCACCUAUCGUGAUUUUGAUAGCAUAAAAUAUCUGUCCUAUGGGCUAAUGGUAUUUAUCCGGAAAUAGGUGUUCCUCGAAAUGUGCUGUUAAAGAGGCACGAUAUGCUAAGUUUAGACCACAUAAGAAAAAUGCGCUCGUUAAUAUUCUUAUUCAAGGUUAUUCACAACCAAUACAAUUGCCGAAUAUUCCAAGUCGUCUCGUUUAUUAUACCAAGGUGUCUCACCAGAAACACCCAAACGUUUUAUUUACCAACCCCCAGGGCCAAUGUACUGCUGCAUUAUCCUUUAUAUUGUAACAAUGUACAAAACAGAAUUUAUAUAUUUCAUACGAAUGUGACCUCUAUUAAGAUCCUCUGCAAAUCUGUUAUAUAAUUGUGUAGUUUCUUGAAUGUUAUAUUUCUUAAAUAUAUUACUGCAUGUUUGUACAAAUACUAUGUAAACUUCGGUUCUACCACCAAUAAUUGGUUGAUCUGUUGGUGGUGUAAAUAAAUAAAUUAAUCUUCUAAAUACACUCACGAAAAACAUCAAUAACGUGUGAACAUUGGACAUCUUUGUAAAUUAACUAACUUACUGUUGAAAAAGUAGGAUUCUAAUUUCUUAACAGCUUAAAAGAUUUUAGAAUUGGAAAACGAAAUUAAACAAUUUUCAAAAAAUGUAUAUACAGGGUGUCCACAAAGUUGGGGUUUUCCUUUACAGGACGUUUAGAUUUUGAGAAAAUAAGUGGAUUUUCUUAGUAGCAUAUACACCAGUGUCUUAAGAGAACCGAGAUAUUAGGCUCCGCAAACUCAAUCAAACCUGAACCAAACCAAAGCCGGUUGUGACCUAUCCGUCGAUCACGUCCACAGCGCCAGCGUACAGUUCUACGACGUACGACUACGAUGUAAAUACGGAUUUUACGACAGAGCCGUACUUGGAAUUUCAAUUCAACUGAACAGUGAGUAUUUUUCAUUUAUUUUGUUUUACUUGUUCGCUCACGUUUCACCACACAUUAGCUUUGUUAUAUCCAGCGUAGUUGUGCCUGAAAAGGAAAACCCCAACUUUGCGGACACCCUGUAUAUACAAACCAGGAUGUCGCAAAAAACCAUGUGUGAAAGGGACGGAGUCAUCAAAUAUUUAUAUUAAAAUGCCCGAAACAUUUUGUUAUUGAUUAAACAAGUAUGAAAAUGAAGAUGAAAGUAUGUUUUAAAAGAUUGCAAUAUUUACGUAAUUUUAAACAUCAUUUACUUUACCCGUUCAUAAAUUAUUAUUACGGAAUAAUUAUUUACAAAAACCUUACAUAUCAACACUACGUAAUAACUUUUCCGCUGGCAAACUAUUUAAUGGUGCGCUCGAAAACGGCGUGGUAUAUACGCAAGCUAAUAUUUACACUUGGCAAUAAUGGAAUAUCAGAGAAUGUAGAGCCAAUGAGACCGGCACGUAUCUUCCAUUGCGUAGGUUUUUUUUGUGACAUAAAGUAGGUUUUUCAACAAAAUGUUAACUUAGCACAAGCUGUUGUACACUUGUUGUGAACUCGUUCUGCAGCUGUACGUGUUGCUUAAACGUCAGCGAACACCGAUCAUAGCGAGCAAACAGGGAAUGAACUAUUUGCACACUAAAAACUACCUAGUCUGCAAGAGACAUGACAUUUCGUCGGUUUUCGGUUUUUUGACGUUUUUUAAGAUUUUUACAUAAUCGUAUAGCCUACAUCGUUACUCGUAUACUCUAUACAUUAUAUAGAAUAAUAAUAUGUAGUUAUUCUAUAUAAUGUAUUGGUGUGAAUCGAAUUAAGAAGGACGUUGCAUCAAUUUUUCUUUUACUUUACAAAAAAGUAUUCGAUUCAUUGAAUUAAUGAAUUAUUACUUAGUAGAUAUUGAACGGAUAGGUUUUUUAGAUACAUAAAAAUGCGAUUUUUCAAAAGAAGACGAAAGAAAGGCAAACACUGUGGCCCACUCAUAAAUAGUCUAUUAUCUACGUUAAGUGGCUGUACUGUUCAGAGAUGAGUGAAACCUCAACCAGCUUACAACGUAAAAAUGACCUGCGAAUGAAACAUUGAUGAGUUUGUAAUGUUCCUUCAUAAGCAGAGUUCCCGGUGCUUUUAAACGUCAGCUAUUUAUCGUAACUUUUGUUACUAGUUUUGGCUAACUAUGGAAAAAUAGCUAACAUACUGAUUUGCAUAACUGUUACUUAUGUAAGUGCCUCGGUGUCUUAGUGAUUAGUCUGAUUUUCAAGCCUACGCUACGGACGCCAAUUCAAUUCGGUGUUCCAUUUUUAUUUUGUUGACAGUCUGUCAGUAUCACGUCUGAACACUGACGAAACCCGAUGGAAUCUUAUGGUUUUUAAGUUUUCAUCCACAGAAUUAGGGUGUUCAAAAAGUAUGGACAGGUCAAAAUGGUGACCUUGACUAUGACCUUCAAGAUAAUUUGAUGGUAAAUACUGUUUUCUUAAAUGAAACUCCAUUUUUGACACCGGGACACAUGACCUUGACCAUGAUCUUCAUGGGUAUUUGAGGAUGUCUAGAAAGUAGGAAAAGGACAAAAUAUCAUCAAAAAACGUUUCAUAAAGGAAAAUGUAUAACAAAGUUGUGAGGUGCGGAUAUGGGUCCCUAUAGUCAAAUGUUUUCUACUGUUACACUGAAUAACCCCUACAAGUUUGAUCCCAUAGUUCUGAAACACCCUGUAUACUGGAUAUAAAAUGUUCAACAUAACAUUUUUGAAAUACCAUAAAGGACCUUCAAACACAACAUGUUGUUUUAGAUAUAUUAAAAAAAUGUUGGAAUAUAAUGCUAAAUACUUGAAUUAUUCCCCAGUAACCAAAAUGGCAUGAUUUGCGUCAAAAAUGGCCAUAUCUGAUCUAUGCAACUUUAAUAUACUCCAAUAAAAAGAAACCUAAGGAUACCUAGGAACUGGCAGUGAUAAUCUGUACAUAUUGAACAUAUGUUUCAGAAACGUUGAAAGACUUGUCUUCAAUGUAAUGUACUACUACCUUUAAUAUUUUAGAUAGGACUAAACUGAGAAAACAUAUUCUUCUUUCACUCAAGGUUACUCGUAUUUAAUAUGAUAUGAAAACAAAAAUUACUAAUUUUUUAUAUUUAUCAUUCGCCACUUCUUAAAACCUUGUUAGUUCAAUUACUAUAGACCUGAGAAUAUGCAAAGCGUACAUUGAGCACCCAAUUCUUCGAAAAUACCAAGGUCAAAUCCAUCUAUCAGCCGUCAAUACGAUAGAUCACUAUUAAGACUCGAACACAUGUCCUUUCACAUUUCCGCCUGUACGAUAACUGCGAUUGCACUUACCUUUUUAGGCGUUCUGUUGAACAAGUUAACCUUAUGGCCGGAGUUGAUAAGGUUCUUCACCACCCCGGCACCGAUGUUCCCCAGCCCGAUGAAAC